AUGCGUUAUUUGCCAUGGUUUAUGGAUCCGUGGCACAUCCGUGGCGAUGUGUCACGGUUCCUGUUAGUUCGUCAACGCGGUGCUCUAUUUGAGAAGUUUCGUAUUGCUCUUCGUCGUAAGGUUCCUCUGCUUAGAUAUUUUUCGGGUCACCCCGUUGGUGAAUGGCCUGUAUCUGUGUCUGGUGUGCCUAUAAAUGUAUCUAAGGUUUCGGAAGAUCGUUCAAGUUUAACAUUUUUGGGUCAUCGUACAGUAUUACUUCAGACAUGUGGCGCUACUUUUCUUACCGACCCUUUAUUUUCACGUCGUGUUUAUAUGCCAUUUUUUGGCAUCCGUCGUGUAAGUAACCGUGUGAUAAAGUAUUGGGAGUGUCCUAUGUGUGACUUUGUCUUGUUAUCUAAUAAUAGUUACGACAGUGUUGAUUCUUUUAGUUUGCGUCGUCUUGGUGAUUUGGGUUCCGCUAUAGUUUUGGGUGGCAUGAAUGUAUCUCGUUUCGUCACAUUUUUUUUUCGUCGUUAUACAUAUCCUUUACGAUGGUAUGAGAGUGUGAAUUUCGGUAGUGUCGAGGUUACAUUUUUGCCGUCCUAUUCUAAUAGUGGUCGUCGUUGGUACCACCGUGACUUGUUACUUUGGGGUUCAUUUUAUAUCCGUUCUGAGGGUCGGUGUAUCUAUUACGGCGGUCGUACGGCGUACAAUGAUCACUUUCGUGAGAUUCGUGACUUUUUAUCGCAAAAAGGCUAUGGCAUAGACAUUGCUAUUUUGCCUAUUGGUCCUAAGUUCGACCUUAGCCCCGAGCUUACACCUGAAGAUGCUGUGAAGGCUCAUUUGGAUCUUGGUGCAAGGUACACUGUUGUCGUUGGUCAUGACACAUUCCCUAUCGGUCGUGAGUCUUAUGGCGAGCUUUCCUGUCGUUUGGAAUCUCAUUUACGUGAAUUUCAUCCUAGUUUACGUGAUAGGUUUGUGAUUUUACGUGAAGGUGAUACUCUGGAUAUCACUGAUUUGGAUUCCAUUGGCCUUGAGGCUGGUCAUCGCGCUCUUGUGUACAACCGUCUUACUGGUAUAGGCGAAGUUUUGGUUGGUGAGGGUACUCAUUUUUUGAUUCCUUGGUUUGAGCGUCCUAUAAUUUACGAUGUGCGCACUCGUCCGCGUACCUUGACAUCAUUGACUGGUAGUCGUGAUUUGCAGAUGGUGAACAUUACUUGUCGUGUUCUUUCGCGUCCUGAUGAGCGUCGUUUACGUGAUGUCUACCGUUCUUUGGGUCGUGACUACGAUGAGAAGGUGUUGCCAUCUAUAAUAAAUGAGGUUCUUAAGAGUGUGGUUGCUCAAUACAAUGCUUCUCAAUUGAUAACUCAAAGGGAGGUGGUCAGUAAAUCUGUGCGGGACCAAUUAGUUCAGCGUGCUCGUGACUUUAACAUUUUAUUGGACGAUGUAUCUUUAACGCAUGUUAGCUUUAGUCCUGAAUAUGAGAAGGCGGUUGAGGCUAAACAGGUUGCGCAGCAGCAGGCUGAGCGUAGCAAGUACAUAGUUUUGAAAGCUAAAGAGGAGAAGAAGUCUACAAUAAUAAAAGCUCAGGGUGAAUCUGAGGCGGCUCGUUUGAUCGGCAGCGCCAUUCGUGAUAAUCCUGCGUUUAUCACUCUACGUCGUAUAGACACUGCUAAGGAGAUCGCUGACAUCUUAUCGAAAUCCCAAAACAGGGUGUUGUUGAAUUCGGAAUCGUUAUUGAUAUCCCCUGGGAAGUGA